CCCCCAAACUCUCCUUUCUCCUCAAAACCGUUAUAUCAAUGGCAAGCAAGAUCUUGAUCAUCGGAGGGACCGGAUACAUCGGAAAGUAUUUAGUAGAGGCAAGCCUCAAGGAAGGGCAUCCAACUUUUAUUUGGACAAGACCAAGCACAACUAAAGGUGACGAAAAAACCAAGCUUCUAGACGAUUUCGAAAGUGGUGGUGUUAAACUAGUUUAUGGAGAUCUUGAGGAUUAUGACAAGUUGUUGGAGGCAGUGAAGAAAGUUGAUGUUGUGAUCUCGACAGUAAGUGGGAAGUCCGCAGCUGCGCAAGGCGAACUAAUUAAAGCCAUUAAAGUAGCUGGAAAUAUCAAGAGAUUUUUACCUUCGGAAUUCGGAAUCGAUGUGGUCCAUGGUAUUUUGGAUGGAGCAGUCGACCCAGCCAAGAGCAUCUUUAAGGGUAAAGCUGAAACUCGUAAGACAGUCAAAACUGAAAAUAUCCCACAUACUCUUGUAGUAUGCAAUGGUUUUGCAAAAUAUUUUCUACCCAAAAUCGGCCUAAUGAAGACCGAAAAAGCAAUUACCAUCCUUGGGGAACGGAACUAUAAAAGUCGACGACGUACCUUGAUCAAGGCACUCAUAUUUAGACCUCCAGGCAAUACAAUGUCAUUUAAUGAAGUUGUUUCCAUGUGGGAAAGCAAAAUUGGCAAGACCUUUGAUAGGACAUAUGUUACCGACGAGCAAGCUCUCAAAGAUAUUGAAGACUCUCCCGGCAAGAUCAUCAUGUCGUCUAUAUCGUAUUCGACUUUUGUGAAAGGAAGUGCAACCAGCUUCAUAACUGAACCUUCAUUUGGUGUGGAGGCUAGUGAACUCUACCCAGAUGUUAAUAUCACCACAAUCGAUGAAUAUCUUAAUGAAUAUGUUUAAAUUAUUUGUUUCAUUUGGCAUAAGAAUCAUAUGUCAUGGUUAUUAUUUGCUAUGCUUUUAUAUUGUCGUGUGCUAUACGUAUGUUGCAACUUGUUAUCUUGUCGUAUGUU